CAGGGGGCCAUCUUGCUUUCCAAGUUGAAAAAAAUGUCAUUAAAAGAUGACGACAAAUUUAGAAACAAUGGAGUGGACACUAGUUAUGAACAUUUGUUAGACUCGGAAAAAUUAAUGGAUGAAUCACGAAUGCAGAAAGGCGAGGCCGUAGUGGAAAUCAAAGAUGAACGACAAAACGAACUUUUGUACAAAGUCUCCGACCAUCCCCCGAUAUACCUGACAAUCUUCUGUGGUCUACAGCACACUUUAAUUUCCCUUUCCGCGAACAUGGCGAUCUCCCUUUUGGUAGCUGAUGUGACAUGUGCAACUCACAUGGAAGACAUUAAAACCACACUUCUGAGUUCUACCCUUUUGAUGUCGGGUGUCUGUACCUUAUUGAUGAGUCUCGUCGGUUCCAGACUUCCUCUAUUUCAAGGAGCUGCAGGAGAUUUUCUUAUCCCUCUGUUAGCUAUGCAAGUUCUGGACAAGACGAGGUGCAGUUUUAAUGACGACUUCGAUUCCGAAUCAAACUCCACAAUUGUAAACACUACAAUUACAGCAAACCAUAGAGAAUACAUUCUAAGCAACAUUCAAGAUUUACAAGGAAGCCUCGUUGCCGCUGGAACUUGUCAAUUUUUGAUUGGAGCAACAGGUUUGGUCAGCUUCCUUCUGAAAUUCAUAGGGCCAAUCACUAUCGUUCCAACUCUAUUUUUAAGCUGCGUCUUUAUCGUCAGAGCAUGCGUCAAAUUUGCGUCAGUACACUGGGGAGUUGCACUGUUGGUAACUGCUGUUUCCCUGAUUUUAUCCUUGUAUCUCAGCCAUCGCAAAACACCAAUACCAAUGUGGACGAGAAAGAAGGGGUUUCACAUUCUCUGGUUUCCACUACAUCAAGUUUAUUCAAUUCUGAUUGGGAUUUUGGUUGGUUGGUUUGUUUGUGGCGUCAUGACAGCGGUGGGAGCUUUUGACCCAGAUGAUAAGUUGGCCAGAACUGAUACCGGAUUGGAGGCUGUCAGAAAAUCUGCGUGGUUCCGAGUUCCUUAUCCGGGUCAGUUUGGUCCCCUGUCAUUCAGCACGAGUGUUUUUGCGGGAUUUAUGAUAGGGACCAUUGUAUCAAUCCUCGAUUCCAUUGGUGAUUAUUACGCAUGCGCAAAAAUGUCCAAUGUGCCACCGCCCCCUACUCACAGUGUAAACCGUGGAAUCCUUAUUGAAGGGCUGUGUAGUAUUAUAGCGGGGUUCCUAGGUUGUGGACAUGCAACAACUACCUUUGGGGGAAAUAUUGGUGCAAUUGGAGUAACUAAAGUGGCUAGCCGAGACGUUUUCAUCACGGUGGGUUUUAUAUACAUCGUUUUUGGACUCAUUGGAAAAAUAUCUGCGAUUUUUCUAACCAUCCCUUACCCAGUCCUGGGUGGAGCGCUGAUUGUGAUGUUUGGAAUGUUUAAUGGCGUUGUCCUGUCUAAUCUACAAGUUGUCUCACUAAGUUCGUCCAGAAAUCUUGCCAUUAUUGGAACUUCCAUUUUGUUCGGGCUCAUGAUUCCAUACUGGUUAGAGACCAACCCCGAUGCUAUUCAAACAGGAUCUCCAUCAGCUGAUAGUGUUAUAAGGAUGCUAAUGGUUAAUCCUAACUUAUGCGGGGGUAUUACGGCUUGUUUUCUGGAUAACACCGUCAGAGGUUCUUUGAAAGAACGAGGAAUUGAAGCUUGGCAAAGAAUGAUUGGUGAGAAGGCCGAGGAUGGAGAAGAAUUUGAUGACGACAUCACAAUAUACGACAUUCCUCUACCCAAAAUAUUGAAAGAGUCAAAGCUUUUCAGACGUUUGCCGUUCAUUCCAUCGCAAUGAGAGAUUACAUUGUUUAAAGCUUUUAUCAUAAACAAAGCAAAGUAUUGGAAAAGUGGCUCACAUGAUUUUCAUGUCCAUAAUCUUUUUAUUUGAAAAUU